AUGCUCGGCAUAUGCAUCAAUUUUCCCGAAGGCUACUCAAACACCUAUCCAAAUACUUCCUAUCUUUCGUUCAAGCUCUUCCUCAACGAGACAGCGAUUGAGAGGGGUUAUGAGGGCGGACUUUCCGAAGAAAGUUACACAUGGAUCUGGUCAGCCAUUCUAAACGUUUGGCAUCUCGGAUUUCUCUUCGGAAACCUCCUGAUCCCUGUCAUCACCGAAAAGUUUGGAAGAAAAAAUGCUCUUUUGUAUGCUUGUUCAACUUCUCUUUGUUCAUCAAUCCUUUCAUGCAUUUCGAUUAUUUUUGAAAUCCCUGAGCUUUAUUUCGUGGCCCGUGGCGCCAUUUCGGUGGCUGGUGGGAUCACCUUUGGCACACUGAUUCUAUUUCUGCAGGAAACGACGCCAACCCAUCUCCGCGGUGUCUCAUCUUUUCUCGCCGAGGUGACUUUCCUCUUGUGCACCGUUGUGGGCAUGGGCGCCGGAAUGGAUCGCUUUUUCGGCAAAAAUCUAGUCGUUUUAACUGCCAUCGCUAUUCUACCGGGUUUUAUUUGUUUGUUCGCCAUUCUUCCCCUUCACGAAACCCCCAAAUAUCUGUUGCUCGUCAAAAACAAUCUCGAGGCUGCAAAGGCUUCGAUUGGGUUCUACUACGGUUUAAACACGGACAAGGCUGAAGUGUUGAAUGAGAUCGCCAAAGAAGCGCUCGACCAAGACGAGAAAUUCUCGUUCUUCGGCGGCGUGAAAUUCGUUCUCUCCGAGGCCUAUCUCCGCACUCCAUAUCUCAUUGGGGUUGCCAGUUUACAGCUUGUGAUGGGUCUUUUCCCAAUGAUCUAUCUAUCAACGGAGUUCCUCGAGGAGAUGUUCGACUCUGAAACAGCUCAGCUUGCUUCCUUUGGGUUCAUUUUGUGCCAAUUUCUAUCGGGUAUCCCGGGGACAUAUGUCGUUUCCAGAUUUGGUCGUCGUCCCCUUCUUCUCCUCCUCGGCGUCCUUAACAUGUUCUCCUUUGUGCUCUACGUGUUUUUCGAUAAAAUGUCCUUCCACUACGGUCAUAUCUGGGGCAAUGGGUGCAUCGUCGCGCUUUGCAUCUUCGGAAUCUCUUAUGGGUUGGGUCUCGGUCCGAUCUCGUGUUUUAUCACGAGCGAGUUGGUGGUGCAAAAAUAUCGCUCUUUAGUACAAUCGAUGAUGUUCGUUUCGAAUACAUUUGUCUCUUUGAUCGUCUCCUAUCUCACCCUGCCCGCCUACAAUCAUUUCGGAUGUUUCUCUUUCGUUUUCCUCUUCAUCAUCCCAUCGAUUUUCUCACUUUUCUAUCUAUACAGAAAUCUGCCGGAGACAAAGGAUCGCGAGAUCCACGAGAUUGUUCGCGAGUUGAAGGAGCGUGUCGGCUGUUGUGAGAUCCGUGCUCAUUCGCAUUCCACCUCUUCUGCUUACAUUCUCAGCGAUGAUCCGUUGACUUCACAAGAUGAGAAAUCGAAAUUCAUCAUU